CUCCUCCUCCGGCCUCUUCAGUCUGGCGCUCUCCGCUAUUCUCUCGGCGCAGCUCUUCCACUCCUCUCCAUUCCUCUAUCACAAGGACCAAAACUUUCACAUUCCCGAGGAAGCUUUUGAUCUUCACACAUUCGUCAACUGAAAGAGAGCUUCGCGGAACACCUGGACGCUUCCUGGUUAUAUAACUUUUCUUGCACUUGAACGCCUCACUAACAUUCCCAACUCCUCCAAAGGAUUUUCCCUCUCUUCUUCAAACGCCACAAACUCCCUUUUUUUUUAAACAAACGACCACUUUUUAGGAGACUCUCUUGCUGCUGUACAGUGGUGACGCCGUCUUUAUAGUGUUUUUUUUUACUCGUCGAGUCUUAAAUUAAGCCUCAAAGCCGUCCAAAAUGGCCAGUAUAAACUCCCUGGAUGCUGUGAAGAGGAAGAUCCAGUGUUUGCAGCAGCAAGCGGACGAAGCCGAGGACCGGGCUCAGGUCCUGCAGCGGGAGCUGGACAGUGAACGCGACCUCCGGGAGAAAGCGGAGGGUGAUGUAGCAGCUCUGAACCGCAGGAUCCAGCUGGUGGAGGAGGAGUUGGACCGGGCCCAAGAGAGACUGGCCACAGCGCUGCAGAAACUGGAGGAGGCUGAGAAGGCUGCAGACGAGAGCGAGAGAGGGAUGAAGGUGAUAGAAAAUAGAGCGAUGAAGGAUGAGGAGAAGAUGGAGAUCCAGGAGAUGCAGCUGAAGGAAGCCAAACACAUUGCAGAGGAGGCCGACCGCAAAUAUGAGGAGGUUGCUCGCAAGCUGGUGAUCCUGGAGGGAGAACUGGAGAGAGCCGAGGAGAGGGCAGAGCUCUCAGAAUGUAAAGCCAGUGACCUGGAGGAGGAGCUGAAAAAUGUGACCAAUAACCUGAAAUCCUUAGAGGCCCAGUCGGAGAAGUACUCUGAAAAAGAAGACAAGUACGAGGAGGAAAUCAAAGUCCUGACUGACAAACUGAAGGAGGCUGAGACUCGUGCAGAGUUUGCUGAGAGGACAGUUGCCAAACUGGAAAAGUCGAUCGAUGACCUGGAAGAAAAACUAUCACAGGCCAAGGAGGACAAUCUGUGUAUGCACCAAGUCCUGGACCAGACCCUGCACGAACUGAACACCUUAUAAACACACCGGAGAGUGUCACAUUCCAGCAACGUUUGAUUUCAUUCCACAUUUCAAGCAGUAAAUUCUCCUUCCUGUUUAAAAUGGGAUUAACUUAAUUCUUGUCCCUUGAUGGUUUUGUUUAAUAUUUCUUUGUUUCUUAAAGCACAACUUUACCUUUUUUUAUACAAUAAAGUCUCGUCUGUAUCUCCUGGCUGCAGAAACGAUCACCACUUGUUAAGAAAGCGUUUGGCAGGUACUGAAAACCUGUGGAAUGUCAAAUCAUGAACCCAAUUUGUUAUCGAAAAGGCACAUUUAUGCUUUUGACUGUUCGUCAAGUCAUGAUUUUAGGUCCCUUGCCAGACGUCUCCAAAGUGCCAUCUCGUGGUAGUGUGAGUAACUACAGAUUUUGAAGGUUUCUUCUUCAGAUUUUGUUGUUAACGUCAGACACCUGUUUUUUUGCUGAAAUGUUGGCUGGAAAUUGUACUCACAAAUAACAAAUUAUCAACAUCGGUGUAUGUGUGAAGACCUUCCAUUUUGAUGUCAAGUUUCUGCCAACAUUUUGCCACGAUGUAGCUGAAAUGUACAAUAUUUCUAAUUACACUGCACCCUUAACAAGCAGAAUUCUCUCUGUAUGGCUUUUAUUCUUUCCCCCUUUUUUUUAAAAAUAAUUUUGCUUCACCACUUUUUAUGCCAGAGGAACUUAAAAGACCAAAGAACACUCAUACCACAUGGAUUGUUAAGUGUUUUAUUUUCAUUUUGGUCAUUUCUGUAUCUCAUAGCAGGGCCCUCAAGUAGCUUCAAAUUAGAAUUUAAGAACCUAUUUCCAUUCGUCACCACCAUCUUUCUGUGUCUACUAAUAAAUGUUUUACAGAAAUCAA